UUUAAAGAGGAGAAAUUAAACAUGUUCAGGGUGCUGGUCUGCCCCGAACCUCAUCAUCUCACAGAGUGACAGGGGGAGGCAGUAAUUAGGGGCCACAGGAUGUUUAAAGUGCCUUGGAAAGUAGCUUAAGUAAAAAUAACAGUGUAAGUUAUAGGUUUGUUGUUUUGUUGGUUUUUCUUUUUGUAAUGAUUCACCUGGCACUGUUCUUAAAGUCGUUAUUUGCUGAGAAAAGAAUCACUGUCCAAGAUGAAAAACCAACAACAGUGGCUCCUUUAUUUCUAUCUCCAGUCCUGUUGGUGAUCAUACUUACGUUUCUCUUUUUUACUUCAGCUAAGUCAUUUUCACGUCUAUGUGUUUUGUUUUGUUUUUUCCUACGAGACAAGAUCUGUGCUAUCUGAUACUUCAUUAACAGGUGUUCUGGAGAUAAUCUAGCCCCAAAAUAAAAACACUAAAUAUAGCACUCAAGUUCAAGGCUUCUGAAUGUUAUUAUGACUUAAAAAUUCAAUCUAAUGGAUGCUUCACACCGAAACUAUUUAUUGUUAAGAAACCUGGUGGUAAAUGAUGCACAUCCUACAGCUCCAUCAUCCUGGUUAAAUCCCUCCUGACUCAGAUCACACAUUAGCAUUCUUACCAUAUGGCUCAAAGGGUAGAGAAUAUAUGCGCAGAGGAACAAGUCGGUAACAUUUUUUGACCAUCUGGUAAAUAAAUGUGUAAGUAGCAGGAAUUUUAAUAUUUAUUUAGUUACAUGGACACAACCUUUGACCUGAGACAGGCUCUAACACAGUAAAGUAGAACUGAAUUUACAUUUCUCAAAUAUUUUUUAUCUAACUCAUUAAACAUAUUCAUAGUCUACUAUUAUGCUCUUAAAAUCCAACACCUAAUCAUGUGUUUCUUAUGUUUAUUGUUUUAUCAGGGCUCCUUACAGUGCGCAACUUAAAUAUCUUUCAUGAGAGGCCAUAUGUUUGGAUCCAGCAUACAGGCUUAUGUGCUGAAGUUCUGCUCUACCCCAACCACUGUGUGACCUGGAUAAAUUACUUGACCUCUCUGAGCCUUGAAUUCUUCAUUUGUAAAGAGAAAAUAACAUUGUCAAACAGUUAUCCCUCAAAGGGUGGGCCAUGAAAUGCCAUGGGUUGAUACAUCAAAAUCAUGUGGGGGACAUUGUCAAAAUACCAACACAUAGGCCUCACCCUCAGAGAUUCUGACUCAAUAUGCCUGGAAACAGCCUAGAAUCUGUAUUUUUAGUCACUGUCAUAAGUGAUUCUGAGGUACACCGAGCUAUUAUUAUGAAGACUAGUUGAUUAUAGCACCUAGUUUCCUAGGAAGAUAUGUGGGUAGCUAAUUCUAACAAAUACUAAAAUUCUGUAAAUAAUUUGUUAUUAUUAUUAUUAUUAAGCAUAACCCUAAAUAUAUAAAUUUUAUAUCCUAGAAACUUAACAUUUGACAGCAUUCAUGCUUAAAAUAUUCCAACUUCACAGAAAAUAGGAUGUCAGUUUGAAUGCUGGUGAUUCAUUAAAUAUACCUCUCGAUUUUUGUGUAAUUAGAUCCUUCCUUUUUUCUUGUCCAGGAAACCACAAAACAUUUUUGGACUAGAUCUAAAUCAGGAGCCCAAAUGAACUUAAAGAAGCUAGCAUGGGAUUUUUAGUUUCUCAAGAUCCAUACACACAAAACCCUUAAUCACUACAACUCCAUUGCCCAGGCUUUCGUGGGUUUUCUAAAGACUUUGCGAAAUUCUGAUGAUGGAAGAGUGAGGGACUUAAUUACUUGCUUCGAUAUCAUUCAACGUCAACGGCAAAGUGAACCAGACAGUAGUACCGCCAUGGAAAGAAAUUCAAGCUUAUGGAAGAACCUAAUAGAUGAGCACCCAGUCUGCAGCACCUGGAAGGAAGAGGCCGAAGGAGCCAUUUAUCAUCUCGCCAGUAUUUUAUUUGUAGUAGGUUUCAUGGGUGGCAGUGGAUUCUUUGGGCUCCUUUACGUCUUCAGUUUGCUGGGUUUGGGUUUUCUCUGCUCUGCCGUCUGGGCUUGGGUCGACGUCUGUGCAGCCGACAUAUUUUCCUGGAAUUUUGUACUGUUCGUCAUCUGCUUCAUGCAGUUUGUCCACAUUGCCUAUCAAGUUCGCAGCAUAACUUUUUCUCGCGAAUUCCAGCUAUUGUACAGCUCCCUUUUCCAGCCUCUGGGGACCUCUUUGCCUGUCUUCAGAACAAUUGCUCUGAGCUCUGAAGUGGUUACUUUGGAAAAGGAACACUGUUACGCCAUGCAGGGGAAAACCUCCAUUGAUAAGCUCUCCCUUCUUGUUUCGGGAAGGAUCCGAGUGACCGUUGACGGCGAAUUUCUGCAUUACAUUUUCCCCUUCCAGUUCCUGGAUUCUCCCGAGUGGGACUCCCUGAGACCCACAGAGGAAGGCAUUUUUCAGGUGACCCUCACAGCAGAGACUGAUUGUCGAUAUGUGUCUUGGAGGAGAAAGAAAUUAUAUUUGCUCUUCGCUCAGCAUCGUUACAUCUCCCGCCUGUUUUCAGUUUUAAUUGGAAGUGACAUUGCAGAUAAACUCUAUGCCUUGAAUGACAGAGUAUAUACAGGGAAAACAUACCACUACGAUAUUCGGUUACCCAACUUCUAUCAAAUGUCAAGUCCAAAACUACCCAAAUCACCCCUGACAGAACAUUUCCGGAACUCCAGACCGUAUUGUGAUAAAUGACUUUGAAGUGUGUAGUUUUUUAAUUAUAAAAAGACUCUCUUCAUCAUUCCCCAGAUGAAAUACAGUGAAUUGUGCUCACCAGUAUUUUUAUAACUCAGACUCUGAGGCAAGGUGCCGCUGCCAGCUGCUUUAUUCAUCUCAACUUUUGCGUUGCGAAUAAAGUUUACAAAUUUCUCUGUAUUUCUUAUUGGAAUAAAUGGGGGGGGGAUGAAUAACUACGGGAAGUUUGUCCUUUUCUGUGUCAGAACUGGGAAAUGAAAUUUUGCGUUCUCGAAUAUUUCCUCAGAUUUAUUCAAAUCUUAUGUCUUGCCCUAUUGAGUUAGGCACUGCUUCUCAAGAAGCAGCCAGAAAGUGCUCUCAGCAUGAGAGCAGGUUGCCACCGUCCACAUCAGUGUUUCCAGAAUUCACUUUUUGCUACAGCCUCUGAGGAAAGCAAGAUGUAGUCUUGUGGUGGGCAGCAAUUAUUUAUUUUAAAUGUAAAGGUAUUUAAUAUGAGUGGAAAGUAGAAUAAAUGCAAGAGAUGAUAACA